AUGGCUCUGGGAGGGUCAACAUUUCUACAAAAUACAACGAUGUUAGAGCAGUUGCUUGAAGAGAUCAACUUUCAGCGAACAAAAGAGAUGCGGCAAUUGAUGAAAGACGAUUCUGGCUUCGUAGUGCUUCAGGGUACAACUUAUUGGACAGAUUUGUUUGUGCGCCAUUUUUUGUUUCAAGAGGAACAAUCAAUAGAUUGUGAUGAUUUGCUGUUUUUUGUUCGCAAGAGACACCUGAAGGGAUCCCCUAGGUAUCUUCCCAAAUACGAAACCGACGUGGAGGUGUUCCGGAAGGACUCUAAGAAACUGCCAAUUGGCGACCCGGAGAUCGAUUGGGAGGAGACCGUCUACCUAAACCUGAUCGUCCAUCAGUUCGACUACACGCUCACUUUAGCCAUCUGCACGCGAACCAGCCCCAAAGAGUUGCAGGUGCUGAAGCGGCAUUCGCAAAAGGUGAGCGUCAUACUCGUUCAGGUGGGGGAGGCGACGGCGGGCGCGCGCGUCACUAGCUGA